UUAGCCUGGGAAACCAGUCUACGCCAUUACGUGAGGAAUGAAUGAAGCGUCAUCCUUUCGGCUGCAACUUCGGUCCUACAGCAGCGCGCGGUCCUUAUUUGCCGCAUUUUCUCUCUCUCCCUCUAGCUUCAACUAAACAAAGUAUAUACUGUUGAAUUCUAUAACCAUGGCGCGAAGCAUACCCUUCUGCGCCGUCCCAACUUGUCUGCUCCUUAUCAGCGGACUGUGUUAUCGAGUGGCUGCCGACGGGCUGGUGAACGAGGAGGUGAAACGAACGGUGGACCUAAGCACGCACCUUGCUAAAAUAACAGCAGAGAUUAUUCUGUCAAACCAGGGAGACUCCGCGGUACAUAGCUUUAUCUUGGCAGUAGAGCCCGACUUGGCCCCCAACCUCGCGUACGUCGGAGCAUCGGUGAAGGGUGAUGAAGAGGAGGAUGGCAUACUUGAGCUCAAGCAGACAACUAUCCAAGGCCAAAGUGGGGAGUUCUACAAGGUGCAGUUACCCUCCAGUCUGGGUGUUGGCGCAAAGCUGCGAGUGAAGGUGGAGACAGUCCUGAGCCACAUCCUGAGGCCCUUCCCCACUCACAUCACCCAGGCUGAGCGUCAGCUGGUGGUGUUUCAGGGCAACCACUACCUGUACUCUCCCUACCCCACCCGCAGCCAGACCACCCGUGUCCGCCUCGCCUCUAAGACUGUGGAGAGCUACACCAAGCUGGGCAAUCCCAGCAAGAGCGAUGAGGCCAUCGAGUACGGCCCCUUCCGUGAUGUCGCCCCAUUCAGUGAGGAUGCCCUGAAGGUCCAUUAUGAGAACAACACCCCCUUCCUCACCAUUAGCAGCAUCACCCGCAUCAUUGAAGUCUCACAUUGGGGAAACAUUGCUGUGGAAGAGACCAUCGACAUGAGGCACACAGGGGCAUUCCUGAAAGGUCCUUUUUCCCGUUAUGACUACCAGCGCCAGUCUGACAGUGGCAUCUCAUCAGUCAAAUCCUUUAAGACCAUCCUUCCUGCCUCAGCCCAGGAUGUGUACUACCGGGAUGAGAUCGGCAACAUCUCCACCUCCCACCUCCAGAUUCUGGAAGACUCUGUGGAGGUGGAGGUUAGGCCCCGCUUCCCCUUGUUUGGUGGUUGGAAAACCCACUACAUUAUCGGCUACAAUCUGCCCAGCUACGAGUACCUCUACACCCUGGGGGAUCAGUACGCUCUGAAGAUGAGGCUGGUUGAUCAUGUAUAUGAUGACCAGGUUAUCGACUCCUUCACUGUUAAACUCAUACUGCCAGAAGGCGCCAGGAACAUCCAUGUGGAAACCCCCUACCCCAUUGACCGUAUUCCAGACCAGCUGCAUUACACCUACCUGGAUACCUUUGGCCGUCCCGUGCUGGUGGCCUCUAAGAACAACCUAGUGGAGCAGCACAUCCAGGACGUAGUGGUGCAUUAUACCUUCAAUAAGAUCCUGAUGCUGCAGGAGCCCCUGUUGGUGGUGGGGGCGUUCUACAUCCUCUUCUUCACUGUCAUCAUCUAUGUGCGCCUGGACUUCUCCAUCACUAAGGACCCUGCUGCAGAGGUUCGUAUGAAGGUCUCCUCCAUCACAGAGCAGGUCCUGACCCUCGUCAACAAGCGUUUAGGGCUGUACCGCCACAUGGAUGAGGUGGUGAAUCGCUAUAAGCAAUCUCGAGACACGGGUGCCCUGAACAGCGGCCGCAAGACCCUGGAGGCCGAUCACCGCACCCUCACCAACGACAUCAGCUCCCUGCAGGCACGCCUCAAAGCAGAGGGCUCCGACCUUGCAGAUAAGGUGGGUGAGGUGCAGAAGCUGGACGGCCAGGUGAAGGAGCUGGUGUGUCGCUCCUGGCAGGAGGCUGAGCGUCUGGUGGCAGGCAAGGUUAAGAAGGAGGCCUACAUCGACAACGAGAAGACCCUCGCUAGCAAGAGACUGGAGCUGGUGACCCGGGUCGACAGUCUGCUGGACACCCUGUAAACACCACUAUACACGUGUCAGCCUACAAUACACAUACACACACACGUACGUGCUGCCCCAACUACCCAUCUGUUGGUCCGGUCCUGCAGUCAUUUUAUAAUAAGAAUUUACAUUUGCACACGUUCACCCGCAAACUCAUUGUCCAUCCCAGACACAAAGUACACACACUAAAGGAACCUGGAGGUGCAUACAAACAUUUGUGCCUCGCUAGAAACAUAACAGCGUUAUGCUGAACACCACAGGGAUUGCUUGCGUCACACCUUACAUGGCAGUCUAAAGUAAGUUAAAUUGCGUGGAAGAGCUCUGUUGCUCUGAGUAAAUGCAGCAUUUAUGUUAAAUUGGAAUCCUCUUUUGUAUUUAGUUUUUUUUACCCUUUUGAAUGAUUGUUGGAGACACAAAAUCUUUUUUUCGUGUUACUCUGUAAGGGUUGUCAAAUGCCUCAUCUGUCCCGUGUCUACACUCCCUUGAGUCCUUCCAACCUGUACUCUCUUCUAAAGGGUGGAGUAGUUAUCAAUGCCCCUGAAAUAAGGGGUCCCUUGAGUCAAACAAUCUCUAAAUGUCUUUGUCAUAUUCUUUGCACUUACGAACUACAAUUGUUACUUCCCCAUGGCCAUUAUAUUUAUAUAUUUGAACAAAGUUGAAGCACUGUGGACCCCAAUCCAAAGGGUUACUAUCUUCAUGUUAUGUUUCUCAUUGUCCCUCUGUAAUUUUUUCUAACAUUUGUAUCAUUUCUCUUUUUUGUAAAUGGUAUGUUUUCUUUGAUAGGAGAUUUAGUGAAUGCAUGAGAUUAGGCCAUGUGUGUGGGGAAGAGUAUGGGGCAAUCGAAGACAUUGAGUUAUAAUGUAUGUGAACCUGUAUCAGUAGUAAAUGGGGAAAAUGAACCAAGUUUGAAAUAAAUAAGAAAAACAUGA